CCGGUAUUUAAUUUCCCCGCCAUUUCGACUAACAAAUAACUGAUCUGUUUCCCUAAAUAAUUUUGAUCAUUUUCUGGCUUACGUUACAUGCUGUAUUGUUUUCAAGGGUAUCAGCCAGUAUGGGUUUGGAUGGUGUCUAUAAAGACUCAGAUAUCUUUAGAAGGAGAAAUAUUUUGAGAAGAAACAGUGUUCACAUUAUCACGACCUUUCUCCACAGGGUUUCAAGUUUUCUGAUUGGCCUAAAACAAACCAGCAUGCUUUGCGACAUUGCUUGACCUAAGUUUAUGCGGUUGAAUGCAGUCCUGUAUGUUAGCUAUGUAAACAUACAAUGUGUGGAUUUAUAUGGUACUGAACAUUUCUUAUUCUAUUUAAUAAUGGUUACUUUGAGUAUUUGUUCACCUAAGAGCAUCCUCGUGACAUUGCUGGUGUUGUCCAUGUACGCUCUACUCGUGAUUACUUUCAUCUACAAUCUUCAUGUUCGUGGAGAGAAACCACUCAAGACAUUAUUAACAAGUAACGAGGCAAAGUUAAAGGAAAACUUUACCGCUAAUGCGUUUAAGGGUCGAAUUAUUUACAAUCGAGUUGGAAAAUGUGGCAGUCGAUUCAUGUUGGCUGUAAUGUCCAAGGCUGCAGAAAAAAAUCAGUUUAAGAUUGUAUCCUCCUCUGAUAACGGAGUCAUUUCUUCUUCGCAACGAAAACUCACCAUAAGUCAACAGAUGAAAUUAGUUGCACACAUCAGUGAAAUUCAGCCACCGUUCGUUUUUCAUGGUCAUUUUCAUUUUGUUGAUUUCAGCAAAUACGGCAGUACCACACCCAUUUACAUCAAUCUUAUCCGCGAUCCAAUUGACCGCUUUGUGUCAGCUUACUAUUUCACGCGGUUUGGCGACGGAAGAAACAGAACAUGGGGGUUUAAAGGAACGAAAAGCGAUAAAUUCAGAACUUUAGAUGAAUGCGUUCUAAGCAACUAUUCCGAGUGCACGAACUCCAACAAGCUUCUUUACACUAUACCCUACUUCUGCGGACAAACAAGAGGAUGUAGAGGAUCUUCAUAUACUUCGUUAAGACGAGCGAUAAAUAACGUGGUCAACAAUUAUCUUGCUGUUGGUGUUCUUGAAGAUGUCAACAGUUUUAUCAAAGUAUUGGAAAGACUCUUACCUGCCUUCUUUAAAGAAGCAUAUAUGGAGGCAGUUAAAAUUGGCAAUUCAUCCCAGCGCAUGUCAACGAUUACCAAGAAUAAACGAUCGCUUUCUGCUAAAGCUCGUUCUGUUUUGAGACGAAGACUUCACCUCGAGUAUAGGUUCUACAAUUUUGUUAAAGAAAAAUUUGGGAAACUGAAAAAACAUCUUAGAAUAACAUAAUAUCAACAAAAUUCAAAAUUCUACACAUAAUAAAUAGAGUAUAGGUUCUACAAUUUUGUUAAAGAAAAAUUUGGGAAACUGAAAAAACAUCUUAGAAUAACAUAAUAUCAACAAAAUUCAAAAUUCUACACAUAAUAAAUAGAGUAUAGGUUCUACAAUUUUGUUAAAGAAAAAUUUGGGAAACUGAAAAAACAUCUUAGAAUAACAUAAUAUCAACAAAAUUCAAAAUUCUACACAUAAUAAAUAGAGUAUAGGUUCUACAAUUUUGUUAAAGAAAAAUUUGGGAAACUGAAAAAACAUCUUAGAAUAACAUAAUAUCAACAAAAUUCAAAAUUCUACACAUAAUAAAUAGGAUAUUUUAUAUUUUAAAGAUUUUGUAUAUAUUUUAUAAUAUAUAUUAUGUCAUUUCACGACCGGUGAAUUUACUACGUUCAUACUUACUAUAAAUCUAAAAAUAACUUAUUAUUAUGA